GCGCCCGUGCCCUGCCGCCAGCCGGGCGGGCCCACAGGACCAUGACCUUGGACCCCCUCAGGAGAGGCCUUCUGAUUCUGUUAAUGGCUUUGAACCUGACCCAGGGUGACCCUGUGAAGCCCUCCCAGGGUCCACUGGUGAACUGUACAUGCAUGAACCCAUAUUGCCAUGAGCCUAUCUGCCAGGGCGCUUGGUGCACUGUGGUGCUGGUACGGGACGAGGGCAGGCACCUCCGGGAAGAGCGAGGUUGUGGGAGCUUGCACGAAGACCUCUGCAGGACACGCCCCACCGACUUUGUCAACCACUACUGCUGCUACAGCUCCCUCUGCAACCAGAACGUGUCCCUGGUGCUGAAGGCCACCCCAACCCUGGAGCAGCCGCAAGCAGAGAGCCAGCUGCCUCUGAUCCUGGGCACUGUGCUGGCCUUGCUGGCCCUGGUGGCCCUGGGUGCCUUGGGCCUGUGGCAUGUCCAGCGAAGGCAGGAGAAACAUCCGGGCCUGCACAGCGAGCUGGGCGAAUCAAAACUCAUCCUGAAGGCAUCCGAGCAGGGGGACAGCAUGUCAGGGGACCUUCUGGACAGUGACUGUACAACAGGCAGUGGCUCAGGGCUCCCCUUUCUGGUGCAGAGGACAGUGGCACGGCAGGUCGCCCUGGUGGAGUGUGUGGGGAAGGGCCGCUAUGGCGAGGUGUGGCGAGGCCUGUGGCAUGGUGAGAGUGUGGCCGUCAAGAUAUUCUCCUCGAGGGAUGAACAGUCCUGGUUCCGGGAGACCGAGAUCUACAACACAGUGUUGCUCAGACAUGACAACAUCCUAGGCUUUAUUGCCUCGGACAUGACUUCCCGCAACUCGAGCACGCAGCUGUGGCUAAUCACGCACUACCACGAGCAUGGUUCGCUGUACGACUUUCUGCAGAGGCAGGCCCUGGAGCCCCAGCUGGCCCUACGGCUGGCUGUGUCCGCGGCCUGCGGCCUGGCGCACCUGCACGUGGAGAUCUUUGGCACUCAGGGCAAACCCGCCAUCGCCCACCGCGACCUCAAGAGCCGCAACGUGCUGGUCAAGAGCAACCUGCAGUGUUGCAUUGCGGACCUGGGCCUGGCUGUGAUGCACUCACAGGGUAGCGAUUAUCUGGACAUCGUCAACAACCCGCGAGUGGGCACCAAGCGGUACAUGGCCCCCGAGGUGCUGGAUGAGCAGAUCCGCACCGAUUGCUUCGAGUCCUACAAGUGGACGGACAUCUGGGCCUUCGGCCUGGUGCUGUGGGAGAUCACCCGCCGGACCAUUGUCAAUGGCAUUGUGGAGGACUACAGGCCACCCUUCUAUGAUGUAGUGCCCAACGAUCCCAGCUUUGAGGACAUGAAGAAGGUGGUGUGUGUUGACCAGCAGACCCCCACCAUCCCCAACAGGCUGGCUGCGGACCCGGUCCUCUCAGGCAUGGCUCAGAUGAUUCGAGAGUGCUGGUACCCCAACCCCUCUGCCCGCCUCUCUGCACUGAGGAUCAAGAAGACACUACAGAAACUCAGCAGCAGUUUUGAGAAGCCCAAAGUGAUUGACUAGCCAAGGGCCUGACACCUGACUCCCCUCAGCCUGCAGUGUGUGGGGGGAGGGGGAGGCGGUGAAUGGAGGUCUAAUGGGUGGAGGAAGUGUGUGUGCUGGAGAGGGACGUGCCCCUCUAGGGGCACCCGUGUCUGCCUAGCUCUGCCCCCAGCCCAUCCAGCCAAAAAUACAGCUGGGCUGAAACUCGAUCUCCCCACUGUCUGGCCUGCUCAGAGUAGUAGGCUCCCUGACGCCUGGCUCUGUCCCCACCACCAUGCCCUGGGCACACCCCCUACUACACCAGGACAGAAUGCAAAGGAGGCCCCAGAGCUAGGAGGGCCAAGCCAGGGAAUCCCGGUCUCUUGGGCCAAGAGCCUGGGCCUGCACUUUACCCCCUGCCCUCGGUCAACCCCACUGCCCUACCAGACCUGGUACUGCCACAGUGGCACAGGGCCCAGUCCAGCCUUCUCCAGACACCCUGCCCUGCCAGGCCUUAGCUUCUGGCCCAAGCCCCAGACACCCAGGGCCCAUGAGUUUCUCUCCGAGGGUCUGUAGCUCCGCUCCAUGAUGCCUUGGGCCUCUGUCUCCUGGACAAGACCCCUGCUAGCUGACUACCAGCUGCCUGAGACCUGGAGCCUAUCCUGGGCCCCUCCUCUGCCCCCAUCCUGGCCGCAGGUGUGGCGGGUAGUAAGCCAUUGGAGAAGUGGCAGGUGAGAUGGGUAAGGCCAGGACUUUGAGAAUAACUAAGAGGCCAGUGAGGCCAAGCAUGGGUGGGGAAGGCUCAGCUGGGAGUCAGAGACCCAGGUUCUGGUCCUGGAUGCUGCUAAAUGACAAGGAGGAGGCCGUCGCUGUCCCAGGACCUGUUUCUUCAUCUGCAUAUCGAAAGAGUUGGUCCUGAUGCCCUCUGAGGUUUUCUCAGCUCUAAUUUUCUUUGAAAUGUCAGCAUGUUCAGAACUCAAUUCAUAGUGUCCUCUUCUCCUAUGCCCCAGCCCCUGGCAAUUUGCCCCAAGACGGGGAUUUGAAAAUAACUUUAUCUGAGGCCAGGAGUGGCUAAGACGCCUCCUAGUCUAAUUCUACAGGCUCCAGUUCCUGCCAAUGGCCAUCCUUGGGCUCAGACAGUCCCUGGCCUUUUGGCAGACAAGUCAGCCCUUGUUGCCUCUGUGGCUUUGCCUUCUCUACCCAGCACUAGAGGAGCCGAUGCUGGCUUCCUGCAGCGCCUCCAAGGUUCAAGAGAAAUCUGACUCCAGCCAAUAAGCCUCUAGCACCCAGGUCCUGCUCCCCACUGCCCCUGGCCCAGGCCCACACCCUUGGCCAGGUCCCGGAGAGUGUGUGUCUAGAAAGAACCUGGUGGUUGUAGAGAAACACAUGGCAAGUUUGGUGUUUGGAAGCCCGUGCGUUGAGGAGGUUAGCCUGAGCCAUGGGCAGGUGGAUGGGCUCGGGAGCAGUGGUUUGGAGGCAGAGUCUGAUGGGUGGUGGGGUUGGGCUCAUGCUAGGGACAAGGACAGCCCCACCUUGGGAAGACCUGACCUCACAGCCCUCAGUCCUUGUGGCAGGGUGGAGAAGAAGCCUCAGCUCUUCACAGGAGGCGAAUAAAACAGCCUCCUCCCUCCUGUUGUGAACGACCCAGUGCAGCCUCCGUGGGCCAGCUUCGUGAGUGUUCCUUCCACCAUCGCCGCCAGGCACUUUCCCAGGCCUGUCUCCCAGCAUUGUGCAAGGUCCCUGGGGGAGAACCAGGAAGUGAAACUGAGUGAAAACAAAAGCUAGAUGGACCUGCAGGGUUCCCAGAUCAUCACGGGGCAGCUUGCUUCAUGUCUUCUGGUCAUUGGAACCCACCCAGCCCAGAAAUCAGUUCUUCCCUGAAAGAUUUUCUCUCUAAUGAAUUUGGGGGCCAAAAGGCUCCUUCUGAGACUCCACAGCCAGAAAGGGAAGGCAGCUCUCCCAAAGCCUAGAAAAUCCCUAAGAGGAGAAGGUCAGGCAGGAGGUGGAGUGACUGGGGGAGGGUUGAGAAAAGGGGGCCAGUGUUGGGAGAACCGCCAGUGGCCAGGGAGGGAAGGGGGCACUGGUAAUCAGUCUGCAUAAAGCUUCUGCCUGGGUGCAGAAAGGUGGUCCAGGGUCAAAAUGACAGUCUUUUACCUGGAGAUACUGGUUGUGAGAGCACUUAGCUCAUGCAUAGCACAUAGUAGGUCCUCAAUAAAACCAUGGUUGAAUCCUGA